CAGAAUCCCAUUAAUUGUCAUCAUUUCGGCGCAUCGCCUCCAAUGACUCGGAACUGGUGAAGUUAGGAACAUUCCUUAAUUUAAGUUUCCUUUCUCCGGUAGGUCACUUUUGCUUGAUAUUUUUAACGUUUCCGACUGUUGUGUGACUAUUUUAGAGUUUAUGCUGUUUGUGAAUGUCGGGACACCGCUUAUCGGGUUUAACAGCGCUCCUCACGGUUUAUCAGAAACCCCAAGCGAGCGAUUAAGCUUCCCUGAUCAAAUGCGAGAAAAAGCUGAGCCGGGAAUGAGUUUUCCGGAUGUAUUAACAUCGGGUAGUUGAUGAAUAGGAUAACUUUAUAUCAUACAGCAGGGAUUUCUUUGUUUAAGGAAGUGAUUGCAAAUAUUUAUCACUCAUGGGUCUUCCUUAACGUCAGGCAUAGCCGGAAAGCAGAAACACAUCUUGAGUGCAAAUUAGACUACAUAACUUGAAGCUUGGGGCUAAAUUUUGCCAACAGUUUUGAACCCAGUGAAUUCGAUUCAUUCGGUUGGCAAGGACGAGCCCCCUAGCAUUGGACAACGCAGAAACUCGCGCAGCCUAGUUUCCAAGGUAGCCACAAUUAUUCUAAGAGACUCCUUUCUCUUUGUCGGAAAAUACGCAGAACUACUCUUCUACAUUCUCAGUCAAAGCAUGCACGAUUGCAAUACACUGUGUACAAGACCCGGAAAUAUUUCACUCCCUACUUCCGGUCUCGUUUUAGGGAGCUACACUGUUGAGAGAUUUUAAAGUAAAAGGCGUUGAACUGAACGGUAUCACGAUAAAUUGAUUGAAAAUUUCUUUCUGUUGUAGAAGUGCCAAAGAAUUUAACAGUUCACGAUCCCGCGGGAACAGCUUUGUUCCCGGAUCUCCUAAUUACAGUAAACGGUUAGACUGAAGUUUUUAUAAUCCAUGUAUGUUCUAUCGAAAUAGUCGUAAGAAUAUCAACAAACAGGAAUACUUCUGCGUGGAGUUCAGCCCAUAAAGUAACAUACAUGUCGCAAGGAGCCACGGCACCUAUUUGUAGUAUUUUGCAUAACCAAAACUGAAAGCGACAUUAUUUUCAAGUUGGGGGCUCCCCGCGGGAUACACUCUGAUUUAAUCGCAUGAUUAUCCAGCCUCUUCGGAACGAUAUAUUUAACAAUUAUUCGCCGAAGGCGAAGUUAAUAUUGUUGAAUAAUCCCCGAGACGAAGUCGAGGGGAUUAUUCAACAAUAUUAACUGAGCCUGAGGUGAAUAAUUGUUUUAGUAUAUUCACACGAAGUGAUCUCAACAGAAUCAGAAAGGAAACCACUAAAAAACGAUUAGUUUGAUUGACGGGUGAAUGCAAGCGUGAACACGAAGCCGUAAACCGUGGAUGCGCAAAAGUUAGAUCUUUCGCUGUGGCUAUAUGGCCGGUAACCGGUCAAGGUUUUCAGAACACUAAAUGGCCGACAGUCCUACAUUCUCAUUAAAUUUCACAAAAUCGAAAGAUUCCAGCUAAUCUAAACUAUCAUAUGUCGAUUUAGAAAAGUCAAGCGAUCCUGAAAUGCUUUACAGAUCUCAAGUCUGGUGUUUGGUUUACGCUGGGCUCAGAGGAGGAAACCAUGUUUUGCGACACUUAGAACUUUUUUCAUUUCGACUGCCGGUCAAGGAUUUCAAAACACUAAAUGGCCGGCAGUUCUAUAUUCUCAGUAAUUGGAAGGCAAUACCGAAUUUCUAUUUCGACAAAUAUGGUGGCCUGCCCUUCCUUCUUAAGUGCAACUACAAUACUGCAACUCUUGACAACAAUCUGCCUUUAUUCUACCGUGAGUUAUUAGAUUAUUUCCAAGAACUAACGAAAUUCUAAGAAUGCGUUAAAAACAAUGACCUCAUUCUUUGGAAUAACAGGAGAAUUACAAUAGAAAGGAAUAGUGUCUUCUGGAAACAAUGGUUUGAUCGGGGUGUUACUUUCAUUAGCGAUUUAAUGAACUCAAAUGGUAAAUUUCUAACCUUCGAAGAAUUUCAAAAUAGAUUUGAAAUUAAAGCUAACUAUUUGCACUGUUUUCAAUUAAUUGCUGCCAUUCCUCCGGAUUUGAAACGAAAGGCAUUUGGUUCCACGGUUCCUGAUCUGCUUGGAGCAACUUCAGAGUACUGUCAACUAGAAGAUAGAACAAUAGUCUUAGUCGUUGUAAAAAUUAUUACAGUCUGUUCAUCGAGAAGAUUGUUUCAGAACCCUCCGCAGUAAGGGCUUGGAAAAAAAGCUUUUCAGAAAUUCCGAAUUGGAGUGAUUGUUUUGUGAAUAUAUACAAGUCCUCGAAAGAUAAUAAGCUUAGACAAUUCACCUUUAAGGUUGUGCACAGAAUGAUUACGACAAAGAAAGAACUACUGAAAUAUAAAUUAGCCUCGGAUGAUAAAUGUCCUUUCUGCCUUAAUCCAGAUUCAAUUGUACACACCUUUUUAUAUUGUCAAGAGUCAAAGGAAUUCUUUGCCAAAACUUUAAGGUGGUUUAAUGAAUAUCACAAAGAGAACGUACAACUUUCAAACAAGCAAAUUUUAUUUAACACGUUCGAUGACUCCCUUCCAAUGCAAAUGCCAAUUUCAACUCAACGCAAACUUCGUCUACUGGUUUUACUACAAAAGAAAUACUUGUAUACUUGCAAGAACAUUGUAACGAAACCUAAUUUAGAGGACUUUUUACGUAAGCUUUUUUGAACAAUAUCGCAUUGAAAAUUGUGGCAAACAAUAUUAAAUAUGCGUGGCAACUGACGGGUGUUUUUUUUUUCCAAUACUUUUCAUUUUUAUUGUAAUUUGUUUUGUUACUUUCUGACAUAUUUAUUUACUUAUUUGUUCUUUUACUUUCUGCUGUGUAUUAAUGUUGUUGAUUUGUUGUCAAUAAAGAAAGAAAAAAAAAAUAUUCUCAGUAAAUUUCACAAAAUCGAAAGAUUCCAGCUAAUCUAAACUAAUAUAUAGAGUUAGCCAGGGCUAAAAGCGAAGCUCCUAUUAACUCGAAUUUAUAAUUUAAAUCAAACAAUAAACUUGCAAUUGUAUUCCACCAAUCAGUUAACUUUAGAGCACAUUGAUGUGACUUUUGAGGGAAAGGCUAAGUUAUUUUAGAGAAAUAUAAUUUGCAAACAGUCCAAGCUAAGAGUGAACUUAAUCUUAGAUUGAGUUGAUAGCCUUUAUAUAUGUACACCCAAAGAAUAGCAAUCAUCUUCGGUCACAUUUAAGAGCCACAAUGGCUCUUGAUCACAGUAGAUUAGGCCUGGAAAACAAAUCAGGCAGAAUUUUUUGCGUUCGACAAUAAGUUUAUAAUUUACUUUACAAAAUCUUGCCAACAAGUGUGCGGACGUGUAAACCAACCCUUUAUUGCCCCCGCAGGGAUAUCGCCCAGAGGCGAAAUCCCGAGGAGGCACCCUAGUAACUCGCGCGUAUAUUAAGGACAGUACUUACAGUUCAAAUAUACAGUCAGUAUACUAGAAAAAAUCUCGAUUUGCUCGAACGGGGGCCGCGAGGAAUCGGUAGGUAAUGAUGACUUUUCUAUUGUUUGCGCCCGCAAGUACGAAAUGGUUAGGAUGACGCAAAGACAGAAAAUCCCGAAGGGACCGCUCACACGAGGAGCCGCAAGAGGUGAUAUUUUUGCACGGCAUCUGGCGGCACAUCAAAGAAUUUGGAAUUGAAGGGCAAUAAUAUAAAUGCUGUUGUUAAAAAGCGUUUUACCUGUUUUCGUGAAUUGCUACCCAAAGAUCACUAUGCUCAAAGGACAGGGCAAAAUUUCCAGGAGAGAGGCAUUAAUUUUUUUUCCCACGAGGUUACAAAGAGAAAAUGCAAUGAUUAUUAUUAAUGUAACCAUCAGGUAUACUCUACCCACGAGGUUACGGACAGCAAAUGUAGUGAUUAUUUUUAAUGUAACCAUCAGGUAUGUUCUACCCACGAGGUUACAAAGAGAAAAUUCAAUGAUUAUUAUUAACGUAACCUUCAGGUAUGUUCUACCCACGAGGUUACAGAGAGCAAAUGCAGUGAUUAUUAUUAAUGUAACCGUCAGGUAUAUUCUACCCACGAGGUUACAAAGAGAAAAUGCAAUGAUUAUUAUUAACGUAACCAUCAGGUAUGUUCUACCCACGAGGUUACAGAGAGCAAAUGCAGUGAUUAUUAUUAAUGUAACCGUCAGGUAUAUUCUACCCACGAGGUUACAAAGAGAAAAUGCAAUGAUUAUUAUUAACGUAACCUUCAGGUAUGUUCUACCCACGAGGUUACAGAGAGCAAAUGCAGUGAUUAUUAUUAAAUGUAACGGUCAGGUAUAUUCUACCCACGAGGUUACGGAGAGCAAAUGCAGUGAUAUUAUUAAUGUAACCAUCAGGUAUGUUCUAAACGAGGUUACAAAGAGAAAGUGCAAUGAUUAUCAUUAACGUAACCUUCAGGUAUAUGUUCUACCCACGAGGUUACAGAGAGCAAAAGCAGUGGUAACCAUCAGGUAUGUUCUACCCACGAGGUUACAGAGAGCAAAUGCAGUGUUAACCAUCAGGUAUGUUCUACCCACGAGGUUACAGAGAGCAUGCAAAUGCAGUAACAAUUAUUAGAUUUUUGCAACUAUCAGGUUGAGUUUCUCCAUUAAAAGAGUUUUUUGCUAGGGUUAAAAUGAGUUGCAAGAAAUUAUCAGUAUAAUUAUAGCACACAAACAUUGUUUUAAACGUAGCCGGAAUAAGCCAAGAAAUGAAGCAUAUAUAACGAAAAAUCGUCCUCAGAUGAUCUCCAUAUUAAGUAAAUGAUACUAAACGUUGCGAAAGAAAUUAUUGUUUGUAUCCGUCCUAUCCAUCGUAAAAGCGAGGGGUCAUCGCAUGACAUCCGGUAUAUUAAACAACAACGAGUUGUAUGCACUAUUUUUCGCCGAGAUCAGUCCGUUCUUAAAGGCGAACAAAGCGAUUCCGGACCGUUAUGAUGAGAGCAAGCCGCAGGAACGCUUGACUGAAGUAAAAUCCACCGAUAUUCGCGGCACACACAAAUAUAAACAAACGUCGCGGAGAAAAAAAAAAGACGAGGAGGAAAAAUGCCAGAUCUUCGCCUCGGCAAUGUAUUCCAGCUACCAUGCCGGCGUAUCCAGAAGGAGGACUCGACGUGGGACAAACCCUGUGAUCUUUUUUAAUUUUGCGCGCAAACUAAUUUAUUCUGGCGCGAAAUGAAGAAUAUGUAUACUGAAAUCUAAUCCACGACAAGAAGAUUUUCGCACUGUAGCGCGACAUAUUAAAUGCCUAUCUUUACAAGUACGCGGAGAAAGUGGGUUUAACUUUUUAAGAUUAAUUUUUACUCCACAAAAGCAAAAUGAAAUGUUUUAUCUCUAUGGUUUUACGUGCCUGAUUAGAAGGCAGAAGUAAAUUCAUCAUACAGACCCCAUCAAAAUGAAAGUACACGAAUGAAACGGAAUAAGUCUGGGACGGUUUAGUUUCUACCCAGCAGCUUCUUUGCUUUUAUAACAAAAAUUUAAUGUUGCAGUCUGUUUUAAACGUUGGCAUAUCAACGCACACAGUCACUGAAUAAAAACAACAAACACGAUCACGUUCUUCGAAACCGACCAGACGCGCGCGACCUACCACUGUUAUGGUAAGCAAUUAUCCUGAAGGUGUUAAUGUUCCCGUGACAGUCUUCGCACUGAAGGUGUAAAUGGUAAACCGAACGGUCGCUUUGAUCAUCAGAAAGACCUGUCAACUUUGAUGAUUUAACUGAUUAAAUUACGGGACAGAAAUUUUACUGCUUGCGGCUCAUCGUGGGUAGAUUUUGUUACAUUUAUUGUGCAGUCAUACUUCGGUACUCUUUUGCAUUGCGCAGAGACAUUCUGUGGAGCAGUUGUUUUGAAAGUUAUGGACCAAAAGACACUCAUUAAGCGCAGGGGAGGUUAUAAGGUGCGUUUAACUGUGUAUAUUUAAACACUUGGAGAGUUUACCAGACACGAGUUCACAAAUCUUUGAUUUAUAUUGGAAACCUUGCCAAACACUCUUUCUCUCUCUUUGACCGGAAUAAGACUCGGCCCCAAACAAGCAAGACGAGUGAACAAUGGCUAGCUUAUCACUAGCAGAUUGAUGGACAUUUACAGAAAUUCGCCGACAAUCAAAUUCUGUGCUGACUUAUUCCCUGCUCACAGAUGUCCCGUCCGUCAUAAAGUUUCAAAUAAGACUACAAUGCGCUAGCGUGGAUCGAUCAAACGUCCUUUUAAUUUCUGAGACUUACUUUCCGGCAAAUAAAAUGAACUGAAUGUAAAAAGGGAAAGAGAAAUAGCGAAAAAUUCAACUUCUAAUUAAAUCUUUUCUUAUGGUUUAGAAUUAACUAUUCUCGAAGCUGAGAAUGUUUUGAUCAAAGCUGUGUAAAUCGAGCUGAAAAUGUGCAUGAAACCUUGCGUUUCCUGUAUUUAUCUCACCUAUUGUAUGGAAUAUGUGUGAAAAUCUUCAUUAUGAAUCGGUAUAUUUCAAAGAGCUACACAACCAGCAAGAAUAGUAUUGACCGACAAUGCACAGAACGGGGGCAGCUGUAGUGUCAACUAUUACUAGUACUUUUUAUACAUCACAUCUGAGGUGAAACAGUACCAUGACGCGCUGUUUUUAUCAUACAGACCUCGAACAGAAUGCAGUAUUUCACAAUUUUGCAACACAAAUUGAACUGACUCAAGAUUCAGGACGAUCGAAGCACGCGUGUCCUUUUACCGGAACCGUUAAAAAAAUUUCCAAAAUAACCUACAUAUACGGCUAGCCGGUUCUCACUUUUGACAAGCGCUUAAUUCAACUGUUUAAAUCAAGAUUAAUAGAGUUAUACGCUACAACAUGAUAAAGAAUUUAUUAUUGCCCCGCAGGGAUUUCGCCCAGAGGCGAAAUCCCGAGGAGGCACCCUAGUAACUCGCGCGUAUAUUAAGGACAGUACUUACAGUUCAAAUAUACAGUCAGUAUACUAGAAAAAAUCUCGAUUUGCUUGAACUGGGGCCGCGAGGAAUCGGUAGGUAAUGAUGACGUUUCUAUUGUUUGCGCCGGCAAGUACGAAAUGGUUAGGAUGACGUAAAGACAGAAAAUACCGAAGGGACCGCUCAGGUAGAUUUUGUUACAUUUCUUGUGCAGUCAUACUUCGGUACUCUUUUGCAUUGCGCAGUGACAUUCUGUGGAGCAGUUGUUUUGAAAGUUAUGGACCAAAAGACACUGGUUAGGCGCAAGGGAGGUUAUAAGGUGCGUUUAACUGUGUAUAUAUAAACACUUGGAGAGUUUGCCAGACACGAGUUCACAAAUCUUUGAUUUAUAUUGGAAACCUUGCCAAACACUCUUUCUCUCUCUUUGACCGGAAUAAGUACCCCCCCUCCGGGAAUAAGACCUCAGCCCGAAACAAGCAAGACGAGUAAACAACGGCUAGCUUAUCACUAGCAGAUUGAUGGACAUUUACGGAAAUUCGCCGACAAUCAAAUUCUGUGCUGACUUAUUCCCUGCUCACAGAUGUCCUUCCGUUAUAAAGUUUCAAAUAAGACUACAAUGCGCUAGCGUGAAUCGAUCAAACGUCCUUUUAAUUUCUAAGGCUUACUUUCCGGCAAAUAAAAUGAACUGAAUGUAAAAAGGGAAAGAGAAAUAGCGAAAAAUUCAACUUCUAAUUAAAUCCUUUCUUAUGGUUUAGAAUAAACUAUUCUCGAAACUGAGAAUGUUUUGAUCAAAGCUGUGUAAAUCGAGCUGAAACUGUGCAUGGAACCUGCGUUUCCUGUAUUUAUCUCACCUAUUGUAUGGAAUAUGUGUGGAAAUCUUCAUUAUGAAUCGGUAUAUUUCAAAGAGCUGCACAACCAGCAAGAAUACUAUUGACCGACAAUAUACAAAACGGGGGCAGCUGUAGUGUCAACUAUUACUAGUGUUUUAUUUUUUGUUUAAUGGUUUUAUAACGAUGUGUAAUCUUCUUCGUUUGAUACGUGCGGCAUUUUGAGUACUCCUGCAAGCGAUGUUCAUGAGCGACUGGAUACAAACGGCACAGCGAUUAAAAUUGCAAAAGAGACCACUAACAAUCAAUAAAAGGAAAAUAAUUCGGUGAAACAUAUACAGAGACAACAAUUGUCAUUCACGAAGACAAGUAUUAAAGUGUCUCUGAAAAUCCUUGUUUAUGUUUUAAGCCGGCUUCCCAGUGUUUGCUUUUUUCAAAGAUGAACUCGAGGCAAGAAAAUUCCUCAAAGCUUUCUUUUACAGCCAGAAUUAUAGCUAAAUAUUCUAUGGAACGUUUUCUUUCCGUUUGCGGUGAGAAAAUGUCUAAAGGCUUUUUAAGUUCUAUAAGCUUAUAAUCAAACCUGAUACUCGGUCAGAUCAUUGUCUCAAAUCUAACAAACGUGCAUAAACUAAAUAGCCGCAUAAACUAAUACCGACUUCAUGAAAUUAGAUAUAAAAAACAAACACCAAAUACAAUAAUUACUCCGGCUUACCAUUCGAGAUGCACUGAAAUCUAUCAAGUAAGGCCAGAAUCGCUUCAGACUUUUCAACCCUCUUACGCAUCAAGCAAAGUGAAAACGAUGCCAUCUGAAAUCGGAUUUCCGACUUUGACAAGCGACGUAUUUUUCAACCAAAAACCCAAUAAACAAACUAGCCAUGAAUAACAGAAGACUCCUGAUAGCAGCUGAAUUUCAUUUUGUACAUCCAGUGGAAAAAGACAGUUAAAAACAUCACAAGCUGACACAAAACUCUGUCUUCAGCUGUAAAAGUAAACAAGACGCUGUGUGAGCGUAUAUUUGGGCGUGGUCGUACUAAGGGUAUGAUACUUUGAACAUGCCUUAUUGCAGCUAAAGAACUGUCAUCAUAUCUUACCAGAGAAGGCAAAUCUUUUACUCCACUUGUUUGCUGAAGCAUACAGCUUAUACAGUAUGUCCCAAUCCACAACAAAAAUAGUGUCAUUUCACGACAAUGUUUGAAAAUAUGCACAUCUUCAAUGCAGACAUGCUUGGAGCCAAAUUGCAACAUAGGACAUACGUGGUUACAGCCCGGAGAGUAAGGUUUAUCUCAGCUCCACUGAUACUGACAGAUGUGUGUUCACACCCAUAACUUUGUACAGUGUAUUGCGGUUACUAACAAGGGCAAAUACAGUUCCUUAAGUCCAGUAUCCACAAGGAUUAAUAAGAGAGUAACACAUUGCAUAAACUGCUAUAGGGCAGCGCUGUUUACAGGAACAUUGGUAACUAUUAACAUUUGAUAUACUACAAUUUUCAACAUUGCUUGAGAAAAGAUGAGAUUCAAAGGUGGAAAAUGUACACCUUUAAGUUCAUAUAUAUCCUCAUUCCUAUGAAGAGUCUGAAAAUAUUGUACUAAUUUAUGCAUGGAUGGUAUUUCCAACAAUACACAUGUCCCUUCACUAUGACUGUUAUGAUACAUAUCUCUAGCAUGAGAAUCAAAUACACUAUAUACCCCAGCCUCAGUGCUGUAGAUACCAACACCAAUAAUUGCCACCGUUAAAAUGAAUGACUUGUAGUUCAGUGCCAAGAGUGUUUGAAAUGCUGUAACCUGUGAGUGGCAUAUACAGUAGUGAUGGAUGUUACAAGUAUAACUGUCACUGUAUUCAAGGUGGAAAAAUUGCUCAAACACUGUAACCAUUCCUGGCAAUUCUGUUAACAUUGACAUAGAUUGUCUUGCAAGCAGUGACAGACAAGAAUAUAUUUGAAUACCAACAAUCAUUAUUUGAGUCAUAUAAUCAACUGAAGUCAUCUUUGUUAUCUUACUGUAAAUUAGAGCGCACAGACUCAUUGCGACACAUCGUUGUCCACCAUUUUCCCCAAAUCCUGUAACAUUUUCUUGACAGUAUGGAACAUUAAUUGUAGCAUCUACAUAAACUGAAGGUCCUGGAUUUUAACCCGGUGAUUCAGACUGUUUUAAGCACUAUAAAAUGGAUAAUUACAUGUACAGAGGGGCAAAUUCUUACUUAGAAGCCUAUUUGGAUAUCUCAUUCCACCUAAAUCGCCUGUGUUCUGCUGCUUGGACGACAGAUACACCUUCCCUCGUUUACGAACUAGUUUUGUAGUUGUCCCUUAAGUAAAAACCUCACACUGUUACUGUUACUUCUGUACCUGUUUAAGUGUAAACCUUCUCUACGUUUAACGUAACAAUGAAUUUCAGACUACAAUGGUGUAUUUUUCCGAAUACUCUUCCAUACAAAAAGUGUCACUUUCCGUGUUUUCUGUAACAAAUAUUUUAAUUUGUUCAUUGGUAGUCUGCAAGGGGCAUGACGGUAACCGGUCAUUUUGUUCCAUGGUCAGAUCGUUGACAUCGUUCCAAGUUCCAUAAAAUAGUCAGUUCGUUCCACAUAUGAAAAGUCAAGUAAAUCAUUCUAAAUCUGUUGAGCGAACUUUAUCGAGAAGAAAAAGGUUUCGUUCAUACCACAAGCUGAUAAAAUAAUAAUCGAUCCAAAGUCGGUUCGAUCCAUCCUAAAUCGUUUGAAAACAAACAAGAGACGAUUUCAACCAGCCACGGGCUUUAACAUUUAAAACGCUGCUUUGAGAGUUUUGAGCUAGAAUCGAUAGUUUUGAGAGAUAUAGCACAACAAGUAAAAGCUAUGCGUCUCUGAGGGUACGGUAUUUCGAAGUGCUUGUAACCUAAAUAUUUCUUUGCAGCGGCCGAUUUAUGCAAAUUUUGAAAACAACGCGAGUUUCGAAUUACAAUCUCGAUUUUAUGGUAAUUUGUCAUGCCGAAAAUAUAAUGGACUAACCUGGUUUAAACCAAUGAAAUUGUAAGUUCUGUUAUAAAUAAAUUUCCCACGACGAGAUCUCAAUUCAACUUCUUUUAUUUCCUCCACAACACAAUUUUCCUUCUGUACAACUAGCUCAUUACCUUCUCUUGUCGUCACCUUGCUGCCAUCAAAACACUAACACAAAACUUGCUGAUAAUGCAAAAUCCCGACGUACAGCAUCGUAUGAAAAACACAACACGCAAUACAAAAACAAGUACAUCAACCGUCAACCUGCUAAACAAAACUGAAAUAAUAAAAAGAAUUGUUGCAGUUAUCACAGUAGUUCCAAAAGAAGCCUCAGUCCCUUUUGGUUUCAAUUGUUGACAAUCGUCUCUUCCUUUAUCGGAACAAAUUUUUAUCACGGGCAACUCAUUGUGCUCCGUAAUGCAAAAAUCAAAAUCACUUUUGUCAUAGUGAUAACCAGCUACACAAACCUUGCGACUCUCAAACUUGUUAAACAUUCCUCUGUUAAAACUCUUAUCCAUUUUACACGUACACUCCUGACAUUCCGAUUUGUUAUUACGUCUACGGGGUCCAUGAGUCUUUCAUGUCAUUGAAUGUCUUGAUAAUUUCCUUUGUUUUUCUUUGAGUUCGCGGACCAGCCCAUUCCGAAAACACUCAGUGUUAUUUUUUUAGUGUGGGCCUACCGCGAACAGUGUGUGCAUUUGUAAGUUUAACCCGGGAUAACAUGAUUGACCAAUAUAUUAACACGUUCCCCGAAACGCCGCGGCCAAAUGUUAUCCAAACUGCUUCUCACUGCUGCUUCGAAAUAUUUCGUAUCAAACGAUACCCAAAUCGUCCCUCCACUCGACCUAACAAAAUCGACCAAUCACAAAAAAUGGACAUAAAAUAAAGAAAACAGCAAAUUCAGAUGACCUCUUAGGAAACAUGCAAUUGAAACUGUCUUUCUAUGAUCGGUGCAUUUCGAUCCUCUCGUCAAAAAAAUGUCAGACGUCAAUCAUCUUCGCGGACCUCUUAGGAAACGAAAGUUUUCUUCAACGGGUUCAAAAGGUCAUUGUUUAUGAUUUGUGAUUGGUGGAUUUCGAUCCGUUUUUUGUGUUUCUGUGUUUCAAGGUUCGUUGCUUGCGAUCUUAUUGUCACCAAAAACCCGACGUUAAUAUUCCAAAUAUUUUUGAUAGAUUUCAUCCCUGGACUUCAGACUUCCAAAUUUCGAUGAGGCAAAAAUACUGAAGAUUCAGAUCAACUUUAGAGAUCGUAAAAGUGCGAUUAAGUGCCUUGUGCAAGCAGAGCUUUCUUUCCCACAUGCCUCUUACCUUGUACAAGACGUUCACAUGGCAGACAUUCGCCUCGCUUCGCUUGUUUACGUUAGCACGUAUUGCGUGCCUAUUGCACAUUUGCGUCAAAACAAGCCGUUUCCAUUACUCUAUUUGGGCCACGCCCAAAUGACAAGUUUCAAGAUGCUGCAAAAAUUUUCCGCUUGACCUCAUCUGCCAAAUUUUGACCAAUUAGAGCAUAAAAAUUGGACGUAGAGACCAACGCGUGACCUUGGUGAGAAAAGUCAAAAGCAACUGACAUGUCUUACUUGCCUGUGAAAACUGGCUGAAUUUUAGCUUCCGAGGUCAGUUUGAAAUCAAAAUUUUAAUUAUGCAGCACAUAUUAAACACAAAAUAUUUCAUAUGAAUUAAAAAAAAUUAAACUUGAGCCUGCGAUCAUUUGAAAACUAGUAACUUGUCAGCGGAUAACUUCAAAAAGAUACUCGACCUCGAUGGGUCGACACCUGAGCCCACGAUAUGGUCAGGUGAUACUGGUCAGCGGAUAUCUUGUUUUGACAUCUGUCAAUUGAUCACAACAUUGAUGUACAAUGUGUGUGCAAUAUCAGUCUUCCUGUGCUCCCAAACUAGCUAGAGAGUGUGAGAUUGAACAUUGGUUAUCCUGUGGUGCGGACGGACCGGCGGGCGGACGGGCGGGCGGUGUACGGUCACGUGAUUACCAAAUUUUCUGGGAUGGGUAGAUUUACUUACCCAUGGUGCUCCGCAGGCGCGCUUCGCGCGUCAGAGCUCUGCUACCAUACGUCGAUUUUGAAAAGUCAAGCGAUCCUGAAAUGCUUAACAGAUCAUCUCAGGGGCACCCAACGAGGAUAUAGUUCAAAACCACUUUACAUAGCAUGGUUGAACGUAUUUUAGCAGCCUCCUCCUCAGGCGCUUCGUUUUUCGCAUGGCAGAGGCGAGCGCGAAACGAGUGACUGGUGAUGAACCGCAAGGGACCAUGGGAAGGGUACAGACGUCAGGCGAAGCCUGUUGUCUCCUUCCCGGCCUUCCUUUGCGAGCACAUUUUCAUCAAAAGAGAGACGUCCGGGUACGAGGCAGUGAAAGUCUAGUGAUCCGAAAAUUAUAGGGAUAAAAACUUACCUUCUCGAAAAUUUCCGCCAGGAAAAGGCUCCCGAAAAUUCUAGAUGGCCUUUUUUAGGGUCAAAAUCCGUUAAAAAUAGGUAAUUAUUCUAUUUUGUAGAUGUUCGAAAAUCCUAGCAGAGGCAGGCAAGCAAGAAAUUUUACAACAAAUGUUCCGAACAUUCUAGAUCUCAAAUCGUCUUUCGAACAGAUAUUUUCCCAAAAUUGCCGUUGGGUGCUCCUGAGAUCUCACGUCUAGUGUUUGGUUUACGCUGGGCUCAGACGAGGAAACCAUGUUUUGUGACACUUAGAACUUUUUUCAGCGCGACUGCCGGUCAAGGUUUUCAAAACACUAAAUGGUCGGCAGUUCUAUAUUCUCAGUAAAUUUCACAAAACCGAAAGAUUCCAGCUAAUCUAAACUAUCAUAUGUGGGCCAUUUAGUCUUUCGGUUUUGUGAAAUUUACUGAGAAUAUAGGACUGCCGGUCAUUUAGUGUUUGAAAACUUUGACCGGCAGUCGAGCUGAAAAGUGUCACAAAACAUGGUUCAGAGUAAACCAAACACUAGACUUGAGAUCUGUAAAGCAUUUCAGGAUCACUUGACUUUUCUAAAUCGACAUAUGAUCAAGAUUAUCAAGCCGGUAAACCCAUAGAAAGUGUGGUCUAUUGCUUAAAUAUAUUAUUUUGGGGGGGGGGGCGAUCAUUUAUUAUUUUCGGUUGGUUGAGGAUUUCCCUCGGGUUUGUUUUGCCUCAGACAUUAGUUCACUUCAAAAACUGAUCUUUUUUUUCACUGUAUUACUGUCAUUUCGUGGACUUGUUCGUUGAUGCUCUCCGAGGCUAAAAUUCCUUUUCAUAUUUCGCUGCUUGAACGCAAGUCUGUGAAACUGGUUUAGAUCGGGAGCCAACGAAUUCAAAUUCGUUCGUGAAUUUUCUACAUCUCUUUUAUUGACGUGGGGUGGUGUGUUAAAAUCUUAAGCACAGCCCUGAAAUCGAACACAACUUUAUUUGGAAUACAUUUUACAGGCUAGCUUGUAUCUGCGUUGCAUUUCAUUCUCAUCGCUCUUUUUGUAAUGAUUCAUAAGGGACCGGUCAUUAUUUAUCGCCUGGGGGGGGUCGGAGGAUUUUGGGCUAAACACGAUGAAAUUUAGCCGAUCCCCCCUUCAAAUGUUAUUUUAUUGAAGUGAUCCCCCCUCAUAACUAUAUAUAACUUUCGUGAUCCCCCCCCAUGUCUUUGUACCCAUAUUCACCUUUCGACGUGUAUAUUUAGUGUUUUAAACGUUCAUAUACAGGUAGUAUUUCUAACUAUGACGUACUUACAGCAUAAUAAAGCCGUUAUCGCGUAGUCUUUUUUUAAAAGUGUCUCUUGAUCCGUGUCUUUUCCUAGUCUGGAUCCAGACAUCUGAAUUCAGUUGACAUACAAGCAAUCUUGCUUAAAACUGCAAGUGCUUGAAACUGCAACAGUGCUUGAAACUGCAAAGUUACUUUUUUUAGAGUGCCAAAUAGCAGUCCGCCAAGUCCCUAUCAGCAGGUCAUAUUUAGCGACAAUUUUCAGAGGACCACACUCUAAAGUCAUUUGCAGGCGAUGAGUUGGCCUAUUUAGAAGAAGCACAUAGGCGAAUCACUACACUGCACGAGGAACUUCAGUCCGCAUCCAACAAGUUGACAACAGCGCAUAUUAUUAAACCUGUCAAAGAAGUUUCCUUUGUGCGCGAGAAAAUCAACAAUGUCAAGAAGAAAGAAGGAAAAUAAGAGGAAGGUCCGAAAAACCAAGGACAAGCGACUCAAGCAGAGGGCACGUCAUCUCUUAGGAAACUUGACCUCAAUCGAGGUCGCGGGGCAAAUUUUCGGUUCAAUCGAAGAGAAUGAUAGAGUUACUCCUGUAGAUAGCAUCAAUGCUGACUUUGCUAAGAAACUAACAAGGCGUUUGCAUCUAGACCCUUUGCUAUGGCUACUAGAAAAGGGUAUUUUUAGCACGACCCUAGCAAAAAAUCUAGAGCAAGUAGCGGCCAUUUUAAGGGCACAAAGUCCAGGGUCAACCUGCCGAAGGGGACUAAAUGUUGCUGUUGAAUCGGAUGACGAGGCUCAAGAGGCAAAUGAAGUUGUUGAAUGGGAUGAUGAGGCUCAAGAUGAGGCAGAUGAAGCAGUUGAAUCGAAUUUAGUAUAGAGCUGACACAGGACGCCCAUUCCUGGAGAGGCGAUAAAUGGUUUAUGUUUAAACAAACACGCUUUUUACAAUGUUUCAGUUAUCAGAAGUUUAUAUAGUUCACAAUUUAGAAUUCACCUGUCAUGUUUAAAGAUGAAUAUUAGCUAAGUCAUGAGCGCGUUAUAAAAGGAAAAAUAUAAAAGCGUUAAAACAGAGCUUUCUCGAUAUAAAUUGAAAUGCACACAUUCGCCAGUGUGACAGACUUCCGUUUUUUAAAUAAAGUUGUGUUAGAACAAAUUGAGAUUGCAAAUGCUAUCAUCUCCCAGCAGAAUGGGCACAUUUAUGUUGUAUGCUUUCAAACUGGCAUUGUUCAAGCAGAUUUGAGUGGUCCCCCCUCUGAAUCCUUCCAAAAUUUUCAGUGAUCCCCCCUUUUGGGCUCUCAGUUACGACUGACCCCCCCCUCUGUUCUCCUAAAAAUCAAGUGAUCCCCCCCAAAAUCCUCCGACCCCCCCCAGGUGAUAAAUAAUGACCGGUCCCUAAGCCUUGUUCACACUAGCAACGCCUGCGACGUAGUCUUAAUCGCAAUAGUAAUCGUAAACAAAACAGUGUUAAUAAAUCCGAUUCUACUGAGUUGUGAAUAAAUCCGAUCUACUGUAAUCAGAUUGUUGGAAGUGCUUGUUUAUUGUUUACUUCGCCGUUUCGGAAAUUUUAAUGCGACCAGGGAUGAUCAAAGUAAGUAAAUAUGAUAAUAUUUAUAGUAUAUCAAAAGAGAAAUGACAAGUGCUAAUUCAUCAGAUUUAAGAAUCUAAGAAUUCUUUGAGCAGCUUACGUUUUAAAACCUUCUUCUUCUGAGUUAGAAAUUAGAUUCUAAGGAAUUCCAAAUGCUGACAGUUCGAUGAUGAAAAGUUCUUUGACCAGAGGCGGUUUUAUAAGUGGGAUAUUCAAUAAAUGGGAAUUCCUGGUAGGGUAAUUGCUAACGUUAGUCGGGGAAUGCACAUGCAAUCUGGCCAAUCCCCUCCCCUGUACUCUGUGAAGGGAGGGGAGAGACGGCAAGGGUUGAAGUUCGGGAAUGCCCUCAGGAAUUUCCUCUUUUAAAGCAAAUGAUCAAAGAUUAGGCCAACUUGAGAGCGUGCCGUGAGUUCAGUCGGAGUGAGCUAGUGUUUCUUUAUGGACAGGGAACAUUAUCUUAGAGAAGGUCUCUGCUUCCUGGAGAUUAGAUCUCGUUAUUUUUCAUUCUCAAUAUAAUUUGGGUUUUAAUGAAACUUGGAGGCGACGUUUUUUGCCUUGCAGACCUAAUGCAUUGUUAACCCGGCAACAUGACGACACUUCGGGUUUUCGUGAAAACUUGUUCGGAAGCAACUGGUUGGCUGGAGUUAGGUCGUGGGGGUUCUGUUACAGCUCAUAUCCCCGUGAGGAACCACGAAAAUUUGAUAAGGAUUCAAAAGAAAUUUGCUGGAUGGAAGGUUGAACUGUCCCGCGCACAUCCGGGAUUUGGGAAACCGUACUUAGUGCUACUGACAAAUGAAAACAAGGUUUGUAGAAAUUGCGUCAGUCAUUGUACUCUUGUAGAUGUAAUAAAUUUUCACGAAUAGCAAGUUUUACUGGUUCGUAUCUCUGUUCCACAUGCAAGAAUUAUGAAACAUUUUUCCUCGAAAAAUUAAUUCCGUUUUUGAAGGAGAUUUUUGAAAUACCAAUGGAAACGAAUUUGCGUAUUGCGUGUGCUGAAAAAGGAAAAUGUGCGUUUCGGAACUCUAAUCAGCGUCGUUUUUUCGGAGAGGGAAAUUCACGUUUCUAUGAAAACUCAAAUGUCAGGGCCCUGCUUAGGGCCCUUUAGUCAACUGAAAAUUCUGUUACUGGAUUGUUUACGUCUAUUAGUAUUUCCUUGUCGGCUGGGGCUGGUAAUGUCAGACAAAAAAAUGGUCCUUGAAUUUUCUCAUGCCUCCUCAUAGUCAAAAUAUGAAUCGCCUGGCUUCGACUCGAAUUAAUGUUGGUUGUUUUUGUCCUUUUUGUAGGGUGAUGUGAUCAAGUUAUCGAUUGUACCUCAGCAAGACUUCGUGAGGACAUUUCUGAAUCACUGCAAGUUCAAGAGUGUCCAGCAUUUUACACUCGUCGGACCAAACAUAACUACUUGCAGAUCACAGAUUGAUAAAACAACCAGUGGAAUGAAACUUGAGUUAGAAUCAUACGGCACGUUAAGAAUGUCUUCACGUCCUCUUCAGAUCAAAGAGGUUUCUGCGAGAGUUAUACCCAGAGAAGGUAAGGAAUAUUGUUUUGAAGUGAUGUAAGUUAAAUGCACUACCCUGUUAGUUGACUUAACACUUGUCACAUAAUUAAACGGGUUUUACUGCAUGAGAACCAAACCACUGGUGAGCCACCGACGUGACCUGGCUGUCAGAAAACAAUCCCCAGUUACUGUUGCUCUUGAGCCAAAAUGGAUCAUCCCAAUUGGUUUGUUAGUUCAGGUCUGAAGUUUUCAGGUGUUAUGGUUGCUUCUCCUAGAAAAUGACUUUCAAAGCACUUUGAGGGGGAUAGACAAACUUCCCGUGUUGUACAUGAUGGGCUCUGGCACCGCCAUUGAGCUUAGAACAGUAUUGCUCUUCUUCUUGACGAGAGUGUUCUCCCCCCCCUCUCUCUCUUUCUCUCUCCUUCUCUCUCCGCCCCCAAUUGGAACCUUGAAACUCGAGAGACGGUAGCUGUGUCAGUCAAUUGUUGCCUUUCCUUACUCAAUUUUUCUAUGACAUCCUAUCGUUUUCGCGAACGUUUCAUAUCGUCUUUACACACCAGGUUCAAGUUGAUUAAGUUCUCUCCCUACAACGCUAAUGAAAGCAAAGACAAAGCUUGUGUUAAAUUUGACUGUGUCAAAGAAUGGCUUUCCUCCCACCAAAGCCGUACUAUUAUAUUAUUUGAUACGCGAGGCUAAUAUUUAUCCAAGCUGUUGGAUGUUGGAGUUGGACACAACUCAAAAGAAAUGAAAGCCAUAUUUUCUUGCAGUGGUGCCUAGUGAUUCCGACGCUAAAUAUUCUCUUAUUAUUUUCCAGGAUGCAACGAUUUUUGUCAUAUUUACGUAGACACCGGAGCUGUGUUGAGAUGCCGCAGCAUUGAAGUAGACCUCAACAAUCGAGGUGUUGUAUUCAUUAACGGUACGGUCACCAGUCAAUCUUUUGGUGAAGGAAAACGUCUGACCAUCAAAAUAAACAGUGGGGAACUUCACAUUGGAAUAGACGGGGUUUUGGGCCAAGAACUCAAUGCCAUAAGAAAUGCCAAAAAUGAAAAUGAGACAAGGACAUUGGAAGUCGUAAUUGCCCAUGGCAAUUUGACAAACUUUGGAACACUAUGUGCUCGAAAUUAUCUGACGUUAACAUGCAACAACAUCAUGUUAUGCUCAGAUUCGAAACACGACACCGCUCAGCGUGGCUUUAGCAGUUUCAUUUCACUACAGAAAGACUUGGGUUUUUUAUCAGACAUCACCCAACGUCCAAAGACCAGUUCUUCCCUUAAUGAUUGUCGACUUUUGCAAGCAGUCAAGACGCUUGAUUCAUCAAACUUCGUAUAUGUUGUGAAUGAAGAAGUGGAUCCAGCGGGUAUAGUCAUCGGGAGAAGCAUUGCAUCAGAAUUUAAUGUGAUGUGUCGGGAAUGGAAAGACGACUUCGAAAAAGAAAAGAGUGAAAAAGAAGUUAUACGUGGGGGACUAGUGACGUGCAAGUGGAGACAUGGCGUCAUUCGAUCAUCCUCUAUCUCCUGCAUUGUAAAGGAAGACAUCCAUGACUGUUCACAGCUGCAAGGGAAGAAAAUCCAUUUUAAUGUUGGUGGAUCUAUAACGGUUGUCAAGCCAUGGACAUGGCAAUGCGGAAAUGUAAGUGGCCUUGUCAGAGGCGAUUUCUUGUUUUUCGACAACGCAAUCUUGGAAAGGUUCGACCAAUUGUACGUCCUUAGAAACGUCAGAAUCUUUGAGACAUCCAUCGUUUCGACUAGAACGGGUGGAAAAUUACACACUGGUGAAGUCUUUGAGAACAAGAGCUUAAUUGUCAGUGACCGUGAUCUUGCUUUGGACCUCGGCCAGUUAAAGCAAGGCAGAGAAGCGAACAUGAUCAGCAAAGGCGAUCUUCUAUUGGUCUUUCGAGAUGGUGUUGAAAAUAGCUGGUUUGGCCAUGUUGUUGUGCUACAACAUUUCUUCAUUCAGCUAGGGAAAAAAGUUUCCUGUGAUGCUUUUUGCAUUGCCAAAGAAUGCGAUGUCGAAUUUUUUGAAAGAGAUGCUCAGCUGCUUGUCAAUCAAGAUUUCGGCGUGGAAGAGGGAAGUUUGAAUCUAAAGGCCAUUGAUGUAAGCCAGGUUACCAACUUCAUCGUGCUGGGUGAAUUGCAUGCUGAAGGAAUUAAUGGUAAAACGGCCUCUGUUUGCACACGAUCUGGUGCAGUUGUUGACCUCAAUUGUUCCCCGAAAUACAGACCAAACCAAGGUAUGAUAAACGUCAUUACAAGAUGUCUGGAAAUCAGCGCUGACUCCGUCAUGUCAUGUAAUGGUCCUCAAGACAAAGAGGACAAAGGCAUCUUUGGCGACUCAAACAUUGUAAACAAUGUCUUCUCUGAAGACGUCAUCUCGGUGAAUGGCAACCUGACAGCGUUCGGAACACUUUUGAACAUUCAGUCCAAGGCUUUCAACAACAGUGGUGUGGUAAAACUGUCACCUGCCAGCACCAAUAACAGCUCAGAAGCAAGUUUGCUUAGCAUCAAUUGCAAGGAAGAAACCGUGAAUACGGGAGUUAUUGAAUGCGAUGGGAACAUGCAUCUAAAAUCGGAGAAUUUGUCUAAUGAAAGAGGAAUCCUGAAAUCCUCCAACAUGGAUGUGGCAAUCCAUUCUAAUGAUGCAGCAACAAUAGGUGGCCGCAUUUACGUCGAUAAAUACUUCAUUGUUAACUCGCAAUCGCAGAGCGCUCUGUCCUUUUCUGCAUUGGGGGGAAAAGAUGAAUGCAAAGAAGGAUUUGUUCUACCAGACCAAUUUGAAGUUAGAUGUGUUAAAGGUCGAUUGCUGAUUGACUCCGCCAUUGCCAAAUCAGAAGGCACCAUCGAGCCUGAAUGUAUUUUCAGACUCUGUAAAUGCUUGAAGUUGCGUAAAGAAUGUGAUCUGGGACAGUUCUUGGUUGAAUUCCAUGGAAGUGAAGAUAUCGUCAGUAAGGAAUUGAACAAGUCAGUGCUUUCAGUAGAAGAUUCUCUUCAAGCUAGCCGUCUCUGGUUCGCAGCUGCGAAUAUUCCCAUGAAAGAACGCCUUUCCAUUGAAGGUCCGAACAAGACGACUAUCAUUCAUGAAAUCAAAGUUGAUGAAUCAAUUGAGGAGAUUGUAUUUGACACAAUCAAUCCCCUUAAAUGCUCUCACGCUUCUUUUGAUUGUCAUCUGGCAGUCAUCCAAUGCGAAAUCGAGUGUGUUGAUGUCACAGCGAAUUCACUUCAUAUUCCAGGAAGACUGAGAUGUACCCAGCCAGCCACUAGAGAAAAACCAUCAACCAUCAUCGUAGAGGAUAUAAUAUCGUUCACUGGCAGCUUGGAAUGUGUGGGCUCCGUGGAAGUUAGUGUGAGAAAGUCCUUUGAGCAGGAGAAGGCGGAAUCUGGGAGUAUAGAUAUCCUCAAAAGACUAAAGAUAGUCACAGAGGAAAACGGUACCGUUUCGCUGAAAGGAUUAACUAAAGGGAAAUUGGAUUCGUUGACUUUGUUGGAAAUUGAAGCCCAGAAUAUUAACAUUUCGGGAAGCUUGACGGAAGUGUCAGCUGUGAAAAUUGUCGCAGAUAAAGGUUUGCAUCUUACCAGGGAGAGCAAAAUCAAUUCAUGCAAGUCAGUAGAAAUUAAAGGAGAGUGGGUUACAACGGCUGGCUCAAUAUUAGAAUUCAGUCAUCUUCACAUACAACCAUUGGCAGUUCUGAACUCUGGUAAAAUAGAUUCGGCUCGGGAAACUUGUGAUAUUACCUUAUCUUCUGACCUUGCCUUGGUCAACAGUGGAAUUUGCAGGGGCCAGGUAACCUCUCUGGAAGCACCAUUCCUGUUAAGCCUUCCAGGCGAAGAGAUCGCUGAUGUAAACGAUGUGACGAGGUGUGAACUGGUUGGGCGAGGCAACAUUAAACUGGAAAGUAUCACGUGUUUCCUUGGGGGCUCUGCCCUAAAAUCGAACAAACAGAUCGAAAACAACGCAGUUCUGCUUUUCAAGUUUCUGGUCUACGUAACGUGCAUACCCGACGCCAAAAGCGUAGAAGCGUGGUCAAAAGCUGGAGAAUGGCUGAAGAAUAUUCAUAAAGAAUACGAGGCAAGCAAAGAGAGCCAGUCAUCUAAAUCAUUGAGAUCGUUGAGCAGAGGUUCUAUGCAAAACGCAGAAAUCACCUUACGACUGGGCCAAAUGUACAACAUGGUGAAUAACUUUGUAGCAGAAGUUCUGAAGAACGGCAUUGAGUCUUUUGACGUGCAAAAACUGGUUUUUAUCAUUACAAGCGAGAGCGAUAGAUACACGACGAUAAACAUGCUGAAAGAAAAAUUAUUGGCAAUCCCACGAAAGGCAAGAAAGAUGCGAGAAUUGAUAAAGAAACGAGGAAUGAACGCUUUGAAAUCAAUGAAGGAAAGCUUUGGCUUCUCUGAAUCAAAGAAGACAAGUAAUCAAGAAGAUGGUAUUCACGAAUCUGGCUCUUACUGUUUUGGGGAGGGUGUCACCUUCACAGAUUCAUUCUAUGAAGCACUCUUUGAUGAAGUAUUCUGCGACAAUGGUGCUCAAUUUGCUGGAGAUGUUGCUGUUGCAUCUAAAGAAAUUUUUUUGAGCAAAAGGGAAAAGAGAGCUAUCGCGAUGGUGCUUUGCGCAGAUGUUGUGUGCAGCGUGGGUGAUAUUGCCAGCCGUUCUUUGGACAUGAAAUCAUCCCCAGGAAAGGUUGAGCUUGUUGGAACAGUUGAAUCAGACCAAGCAACGAUUGAAGCUAAGUCGGGCAUUGAUCUGGCUUAUCAUGACAAAAGAGAAGGACGGGCCAAGGCAGAUCACAAGUUCAAGAGCAUUACGAUGAAAACUAACAAAAUCAACGAGGUUAAUAGUUUCCUGAAAGGCGAAGGAGUGUAUGAAGAUUUAAAGAUCUCUGAUCAACUCGGCUUGGUGUUGACGGAUCAAGAUGUUGUUUUCUCGAGCUGUAACCUUCAUCAUGGGUACGGGGUCAAUCUUAAGGCAAGGUCAGUUAGUAUUGAAAAUUCUAGCCUGAGAUUUGACAAAGGCGCAUCCAUAUCAUCAGAUCAAACUCUCAAUGUCAGGGGCUCAUCAGUCAGGUCUCAAAACUCUGCCUUGUUAGAGUCUGUUCAAGGAAAGGUCAACUUGGAUUCGUCAAGUCUUGGAGCUGGCGGCGUUGCAGCUGUAGUAUCAAGCAAAGGAUCAGUUUCGAUGGCUGCUAGCUCAGUUUCUGGUGAGAAAGAUGCCCUUGUGAAGGCGAAGAAGGACGUAACUAUUGAUGUCAGAGAAACGAGACACAACACUUCUUCGUCAGAUAGAGGUUUUUUUAGCUCCUCAGAAGAUGUAACAUCGUAUUCCACUGUUUCAAAAUCGAGUAUCUCUUCCUCGUCUGGAAGUGUAUCGAUUGAAUCAGAAGAGGGAAAGAUCAGUGCAACAGCCACAGAAAUUCAGGGAGCCAAAAACAUAGCGAUUUCAGCGAAGGAAGAUGUUGUUACCCAAGACAAAGUGACUGUUCGAGAAGAAGAGCAUGUGAGGAGCAACUUGUUCACAACAAAGAGAACAAGACAAAGAACAGAAGAUCAGCAUUACUCCUCAUUAAAUGCUGGUGGAUCACUUACUAUUUUAUCCAGAGAUUCUAAUGUGGCCAUGAUCGGGACUAAUUGUUCGGUCAGUGGCGACAUGAAGCUUCAAACCGCUGGUACUGUCUUAUUUAAGGACAGGAUACUGUCAAAAUCAAAGGAGGGUCAGUCAAGUGGAUUUUCAUUCUCCUCAGAAAAUGGUCUAUCGCUUGGGGAAAAAUCCGAACGAAUGAUGCAGCAGCGUUUAGCUAGGCGCACCAUGAAAGUUGGUGGCAACUUGUCUAUUUCAGCGCAAAACUUUGACGUGAAAAAUGCAGUGGGUAUGGAUGUUGGAAAUAUGCUUAUCGAUGCCGAGAACGUUAACUUCGAAGGAGCAGAAUUGAAUAAUUCGUAUUCUUGCAAUGAAUGGUCGGUGGGACGUGGAAUUCAGUCACCGGGUACAGUGAAUAUAACCAUGACAAAUGCUUGCUCAAAACAGAAGCAAAUCGUCAAUCAAGGCACCACUGUUCGAGGAAGAACUCAUUUUCUCUCGGUGCAAAAUGCAAAUUUUACUGCAUCUAACCUAGAAACUAAUGCCAUCACUGGGAAUAUUGAGAAUUUCCUUGUCAUUUCCAAGCAGAGUGAAAUAGAGGCGUUCGAGAAGACAACAAGUGUUGGCUUUCCCAUCGGUCCGAGAUUUCCUGUUCCCGAAAAGUUCGGUUACAGCGAGAGUUCAGACGGUGGGAAGUUUGUAGAAAAGGCAGGCGGCAUCCAUUGCCGUGGACCAAUAAAAGAAGAAGAGUUCGAAGUCAGUUCUCUAAACCUCAAAGGUUCAUCAGUUACGGCUGAUGAAGAUAUUGGAAAUUUUGCGAAGAAAAUUAUCUCGGAAAAAGUUUCCAGCUAUCGAUCACAGUCCUCUUUCGGAUUCUCCUUAGGUGUCAAUAAAACAGGAGUAGACUUGGGGCUGAGUACGAGCAAGAAAUCAAUGGCCAUGGAACACCAGGGAACUAUUGAAUCCUCUUCAGGAACUGUUUCCAAAGAAACAAAGAGGUCCGUUAAUACGGACUAUGGCAAACAUGCAAGGAUCACCGAUCAGCGCAAGUCGGCAUUUGGAUUUAAUCUUGAAGUAGCGAAAGACGGUGUGGGUGCAGAGCUUCAGGUAAAUGAUAAAGGAUUAAGAGUUUUUACUUCAAAACAAAAAAUAGGAGGUCAAAGGCUGUGUCCUUUUGGAAUUUCUAAACCAAAAUCCAAGCAUUGCAAAGCACUUGACCUCACAGCUGGUGAUUUGAAGACUAGAUUUAAGCCAGAGAAAAACAGCAAGACAGACGAAACGGCGACUUCCGCAACUGUUCAACUCGCAGGUGUUAAACUUGCUGUUUCAAUAUCGAAUCAUUCAAAAUCGCUCCACUUAGAAGCUGGUGACGUGAAGACUGGAUUUAAGCGAGAGAAAAACAGCAAGACAGGCAACACGGCGACUUCCGCAACUGUUCAAGUAGCAGAUGUUAAACUUGCUGGUUCAACAUCAAAGCAUUCAAAAUCCCUCCACUUAGAAGCUGGUGACGUAAAGACUGGAUUUAAGCGAGAGAAAAACAGCGAGACAGGCGAAACAGCGAAUUGCGCAACUGUUCAAGUCGCAGAUGUUAAACUUGCUGGUUCAACAUCGAAGCAUUCAAAAUCGCUCGACUUAGAAGCUGGUGACGUGAAGACUGGAUUUAAGCAAGAGAAAAAAAGCGAGACAGGCGAAACGGCGACUUCCGCAACUGUUCAAGUCGCAGAUGUUAAACUUGCUGGUUCAACAUCGAAGCAUUCAAAAUCGCUCGACGUAGAAGCUGGUGACGUGAAGACUGGAUUUAAGCGAGAGAAAAACAGCGAGACAGGCGAAACGACGACUUCCGCAACUGUUCAAAUCGCAGAUGUUAAACUUGCUGGUUCAACAUCGAAGCAUUCAAACUCGCUCGACUUUGCAGCUGGUGACGUGAAGACUGGAUUUAAGCGAGAGAAAAACAGCGAGAAAGGCGAAACGACGACUUCUGCGACUGUUCAAGUCGCAGAUGUUAAACUUGCUGGUUCAACAUCGAAGCAUUCAAAAUCGCUCGACUUUGCAGCUGGUGAUGUGAAGACUGGAUUUAAGCGAAAGAAAAACAGCGAGACAGGCGAAACGGCGACUUCCGCAACUGUUCAAGUCGCAGAUGUUAAACUUGCUGGUUCAACAUCGGAGAAUUCAAAAUCGCUCCACUUAGAAGCUGGUGACGUGAAGACUGGAUUUAAGCGAGAGAAAAACAGAGAGACAGGCGAAACGACGACUUCUGCAACUAUUCAAGUCGCAGAUAUUAAACUUGCUGGUUCAACAUCGAAGCAUUCAAAAUCGCUCCACUUAGAAGCUGGUGACGUGAAGACUGGAUUUAAGCGAGAGAGAAACAGUAAGACAGGCGAAACGGCGACUUCCGCAACUGUUCAAGUCGCAGAUGUUAAACUUGCUGGUUCAACAUCGAAACAUUCAAAAUCCCUCGACUUAGAAACUGGUGACGUGAAGACUGGAUUUAAGCGAGAGAAAAACAGCGAAACAGGCGAAACGACGACUUCCGCAACUGUUCAAGUCGCAGAUGUUAAACUUGCUGGUUCAACAUCGAAGCAUUCAAAAUCGCUCGACGUAGAAGCUGGUGACGUGAAGACUGGAUUUAAGCGAGAGAAAAACAGGGACACAGGCGAAACGACGACUUCUGCAACUGUUCAAGUCGCAGAUGUUAAACUUGCUGGUUCAACAUCGAAGCAUUCAAAAUCGCUCGACUUUGCAGCUGGUGAUGUGAACACUGGAUUUAAGCGAGAGAAAAACAGCGAGACAGGCGAAACGGCGACUUCCGCAACUGUUCAAAUCGCAGAUGUUAAACUUGCUGGUUCAACAUCGGAGAAUUCAAAAUCGCUUUACUUAGAAGCUGGUGACGUGAAGACUGGAUUUAAGCGAGAGAAAAACAGCGAGACAGGCGAAACGACGACUUCUGCAACUGUUCAAGUCGCAGAUGUUAAACUUGCUGGUUCAACAUCGAAGCAUUCAAAAUCGCUCGACGUAGAAGCUGGUGACGUGAAGACUGGAUUUAAGCGAGAGAGAAACAGUGAGACAGGCGAAACGGCGACUUCCGCAACUGUUCAAGUCGCAGAUGUUAAACUUGCUGGUUCAACAUCGAAACAUUCAAAAUCCCUCCACUUAGAAGCUGGUGACGUUAAGACUGGAUUUAAGCGAGAGAAAAACAGCGAGACAGGCGAAACGACGACUUCCGCAACUGUUCAAGUCGUAGAUGUUAAACUUGCUGGUUCAACAUCGAAGCAAUCAAACUCGCUCGACUUUGCAGCUGGUGACGUGAAGACUGGAUUUAAGCGAGAGAAAAACAGCGAGACAGGCGAAACGGCGACUUCCGCAACUGUUCAAGUCGCAGAUGUUAAACUUGCUGGUUCAACAUCGAAGCAUUCAAAAUCGCUCCACUUAGAGGCUGGUGACGUGAAGACUGGAUUUAAGCGAGAGAGAAACAGUAAGACAGGCGAAACGGCGACUUCCGCAACUGUUCAAGUCGCAGAUGUUAAACUUGCUGGUUCAACAUCGAAAGAUUCAAAAUCCCUCGACUUAGAAACUGGUGACGUGAAGACUGGAUUUAAGCGAGAGAAAAACAGCGAAACAGGCGAAACGACGACUUCCGCAACUGUUCAAGUCGCAGAUGUUAAACUUGCUGGUUCAACAUCGAAGCAUUCAAAAUCGCUCGACGUAGAAGCUGGUGACGUGAAGACUGGAUUUAAGCGAGAGAAAAACAGGGACACAGGCGAAACGACGACUUCUGCAACUGUUCAAGUCGCAGAUGUUAAACUUGCUGGUUCAACAUCGAAGCAUUCAAAAUCGCUCGACUUUGCAGCUGGUGAUGUGAACACUGGAUUUAAGCGAGAGAAAAACAGCGAGACAGGCGAAACGGCGACUUCCGCAACUGUUCAAAUCACAGAUGUUAAACUUGCAGGUUCAACAUCGGAGAAUUCAAAAUCGCUUCACUUAGAAGCUGGUGACGUGAAGACUGGAUUUAAGCGAGAGAAAAACAGCGAGACAGGCGAAACGACGACUUCUACAACUGUUCAAGUCGCAGAUGUUAAACUUGCUGGUUCAACAUCGAAGCAUUCAAAAUCGCUCGACUUAGAAGCUGGUGACGUGAAGACUGGAUUUAAGCGAGAGAGAAACAGUGAGACAGGCGAAACGGCGACUUCCGCAACUGUUCAAGUCGUAGAUGUUAAACUUGCUGGUUCAACAUCGAAGCAUUCAAAAUCCCUCCACUUAGAAGCUGGUGACGUGAAGACUGGAUUUAAGCGAGAGAAAAACAGCGAGACAGGCGAAACGGCGACUUCCGCAACUGUGCAAGUCGCAGAUGUUAAACUUGCUGGUUCAACAUCGAAACAUUCAAAAUCCCUCGACUUAGAAGCUGGUGACGUGAAGACUGGAUUUAAGCGAGAGGAAAACAGCGAGACAGGCGAAACGGCGACUUCCGCAACUGUUCAAGUCGCAGAUGUUAAAGUUGCUGGUUCAACAUCGAAGCAUUCAAACUCGCUCGACUUUGCAGCUGGUGACGUAAAGACUGGAUUUAAGCGAGAGAAAAACAGCGAGACAGGCGAAACGACGACUUCCGCAACUGUUCAAGUCGUAGAUGUUAAACUUGCUGGUUCAACAUCGAAGCAUUCAAACUCGCUCGACUUUGCAGCUGGUGACGUAAAGACUGGAUUUAAGCGAGAGAAAAACAGCGAGACAGGCGAAACGGCGACUUCCGGAACUGUUCAAAUCGCAGAUGUUAAACUUGCUGGUUCAACAUCGAAGCAUUCAAAAUCGCUCCACUUAGAGGCUGGUGACGUGAAGACUGGAUUUAAGCGAGAGAAAAACAGCGAGACAGGCGAAACGACGACUUCCGCAACUGUUCAAGUCGCAGAUGUUAAACUUGCUGGUUCAACAUCGAAGCAUUCAAAAUCGCUCGACUUAGAAGCUGGUGACGUGAAGACUGGAUUUAAGCGAGAGAGAAACAGUGAGACAGGCGAAACGGCGACUUCCGCAACUGUUCAAGUCGCAGAUGUUAAACUUGCUGGUUCAACAUCGAAGCAUUCAAAAUCGCUCCACUUAGAAGCUGGUGACGUGAAGACUGGAUUUAAGCGAGAGAAAAACAGGGAGACAGGCGAAACGACGACUUCCGCAACUGUUCAAGUCGCAGAUGUUAAACUUGCUGGUUCAACAUCGAAACAUUCAAAAUCCCUCCACUUAGAAGCUGGUGACGUUAAGACUGGAUUUAAGCGAGAGAAAAACAGCGAGACAGGCGAAACUACGACUUCCGCAACUGUUCAAGUCGUAGAUGUUAAACUUGCUGGUUCAACAUCGAAACAUUCAAACUCGCUCGACUUUGCAGCUGGUGACGUGAAGACUGGAUUUAAGCGAGAGAAAAACAGCGAGACAGGCGAAACGGCGACUUCCGCAACUGUUCAAAUCGCAGAUGUUAAACUUGCUGGUUCAACAUCGAAGGAUUCAAAAUCGCUCCACUUAGAGGCUGGUGACGUGAGGACUGGAUUUAAGCGAGAGAGAAACAGUAAGAAAGGCGAAACGGCGACUUCCGCAACUGUUCAAGUCGCAGAUGUUAAACUUGCUGGUUCAACAUCGAAACAUUCAAAAUCCCUGGACUUAGAAACUGGUGACGUGAAGACUGGAUUUAAGCGAGAGAAAAACAGCGAAACAGGGGAAACGACGACUUCCGCAACUGUUCAAGUCGCAGAUGUUAAACUUGCUGGUUCAACAUCGAAGCAUUCAAACUCGCUCGACUUUGCAGCUGGUGACGUGAAGACUGGAUUUAAGCGAGAGAAAAACAGCGAGACAGGCGAAACGGCGACUUGCGCAACUGUUCAAGUCGCAGAUGUUAAACUUGCUGGUUCAACAUCGAAGCAUUCAAAAUUGCUCGACUUAGAAGCUGGUGACCUGAAGACUGGAUUUAAGCGAGAGAAAAACAGCGAGACAGGCGAAACGAUGACUUCUGCAACUGUUCAAGUCGCAGAUGUUAAACUUGCUGGUUCAACAUCGAAGCAUUCAAAAUUGCUCGACUUAGAAGCUGGUGACGUGAAGACUGGAUUUAAGCGAGAGAGAACCAGUGAGACAGGCAGAUGUUAAACUUGCUGGCGACUUCCGCAACUGUUAAGCGAGAGAAAAACAGCGAGACAGUCGAAACGACGACUUCGCAGAUGUUAAACUUGCUGGUUCAACAUCGAAGCAUUCAAAAUCCCUCGACUUAGAAGCUGGUGACGUGAAGACUGGAUUUAAGCGAGAGAAAAACAGCGAGACAGGCGAAACGACGACUUCCGCAACUGUUCAAGUCGUAGAUGUUAAACUUGCUGGUUCAACAUCGAAGCAUUCAAACUCGCUCGACUUUGCAGCUGGUGACGUGAAGACUGGAUUUAAGCGAGAGAAAAACAGCGAGACAGUCGAAACGACGACUUGCGCAACUGUUCAAGUCGCAGAUGUUAAACUUGCUGGUUCAACAUCGAAACAUUCAAAAUCCCUCGACUUAGAAACUGGUGACGUGAAGACUGGAUUUAAGCGAGAGAAAAACAGCGAAACAGGCGAAACGACGACUUCCGCAACUGUUCAAGUCGCAGAUGUUAAACUUGCUGGUUCAACAUCGAAGCAUUCAAAAUCGCUCGACGUAGAAGCUGGUGACGUGAAGACUGGAUUUAAGCGAGAGAAAAACAGGGACACAAGCGAAACGACGAGUUCUGCAACUGUUCAAGUCGCAGAUGUUAAACUUGCUGGUUCAACAUCGAAGCAUUCAAAAUCGCUCGACUUUGCAGCUGGUGAUGAGAAGACUGGAUUUAAGCGAGAGAAAAACAGCGAGACAGGCGAAACGGCGACUUCCGCAACUGUUCAAAUCGCAGAUGUUAAACUUGCUGUUUCAACAUCGGAGAAUUCAAAAUCGCUUCACUUAGAAGCUGGUGACGUGAAGACUGGAUUUAAGCGAGAGAAAAACAGCGAGACAGGCGAAACGACGACUUCUGCAACUGUUUAAGUCGCAGAUGUUAAACUUGCUGGUUCAACAUCGAAGCAUUCAAAAUCGCUCGACUUAGAAGCUGGUGACGUGAAGACUGGAUUUAAGCGAGAGAGAAACAGUGAGACAGGCGAAACGGCGACUUUCGCAACUGUUCAAGUCGCAGAUGUUAAACUUGCUGGUUCAACAUCGAAGCAUUCAAACUCGCUCGACUUAGAAGCUGGUGACGUGAAGACUGGAUUUAAGCGAGAGAAAAACAGCGAGACAGGCGAAACGGCGACUUCCGCAACUGUGCAAGUCGCAGAUGUUAAACUUGCUGGUUCAACAUCGAAACAUUCAAAAUCCCUCGACUUAGAAGCUGGUGACGUGAAGACUGGAUUUAAGCGAGAGGAAAACAGCGAGACAGGCGAAACGGCGACUUCCGCAACUGUUCAAGUCGCAGAUGUUAAACUUGCUGGUUCAACAUCGAAGCAUUCAAACUCGCUCGACUUUGCAGCUGGUGACGUAAAGACUGGAUUUAAGCGAGAGAAAAAUAGCGAGACAGGCGAAACGGCGACUUCCGCAACUGUUCAAGUCGCAGAUGUUAAACUUGCUGGUUCAACAUCGAAGCAUUCAAAAUCGCUCCACUUAGAGGCUGGUGACGUGAAGACUGGAUUUAAGCGAGAGAAAAACAGCGAGACAGGGGAAACGACGACUUCUGCAACUGUUCAAGUCGCAGAUGUUAAACUUGCUGGUUCAACAUCGAAGCAUUCAAAAUCGCUCGACUUAGAAGCUGGUGACGUGAAGACUGGAUUUAAGCGAGAGAGAAACAGGGAGACAGGCGAAACGGCGACUUCCGCAACUGUUCAAGUCGCAGAUGUUAAACUUGCUGGUUCAACAUCGAAACAUUCAAAAUCCCUCCACUUAGAAGCUGGUGACGUUAAGACUGGAUUUAAGCGAGAGAAAAACAGCGAGACAGGCGAAACGACGACUUCCGCAACUGUUCAAGUCGUAGAUGUUAAACUUGCUGGUUCAACAUCGAAACAUUCAAACUCGCUCGACUUUGCAGCUGGUGAGGUGAAGACUGGAUUUAAGCGAGAGAAAAACAGCGAGACAGGCGAAACGGCGACUUCCGCAACUGUUCAAAUCGCAGAUGUUAAACUUGCUGGUUCAACAUCGAAGGAUUCAAAAUCGCUCCACUUAGAGGCUGGUGACGUGAAGACUGGAUUUAAGCGAGAGAGAAACAGUAAGACAGGCGAAACGGCGACUUCCGCAACUGUUCAAGUCGCAGAUGUUAAACUUGCUGGUUCAACAUCGAAAGAUUCAAAAUCGCUCGACUUUGCAGCUGGUGACGUGAAGACUGGAUUUAAGCGAGAGAAAAAAGGCGAAACAGGGGAAACGACGACUUCCGCAACUGUUCAAGUCGCAGAUGUUAAACUUGCUGGUUCAACAUCGAAGCAUUCAAAAUCGCUCGACUUUGCAGCUGGUGACGUGAAGACUGGAUUUAAGCGAGAGAAAAACAGCGAGACAGGCGAAACGGCGACUUCCGCAACUGUUCAAGUCGCAGAUGUUAAACUUGCUGGUUCAACAUCGAAGCAUUCAAAAUUGCUCGACUUAGAAGCUGGUGACCUGAAGACUGGAUUUAAGCGAGAGAAAAACAGCGAGACAGGCGAAACGAUGACUUCUGCAACUGUUCAAGUCGCAGAUGUUAAACUUGCUGGUUCAACAUCGAAGCAUUCAAAAUUGCUCGACUUAGAAGCUGGUGACGUGAAGACUGGAUUUAAGCGAGAGAGAACCAGUGAGACAGGCGAAACGGCGACUUCCGCAACUGUUCAAGUCGCAGAUGUUAAACUUGCUGGUUCAACAUCGAAACAUUCAAAAUCCCUCCACUUAGAAGCUGGUGACGUGAAGACUGGAUUUAAGCGAGAGAAAAACAGCGAGACCGGCGAAACGACGACUUCCGCAACUGUUCAAGUCGUAGAUGUUAAACUUGCUGGUUCAACAUCGAAGCAUUCAAACUCGCUCGACUUUGCAGCUGGUGACGUGAAGACUGGAUUUAAGCGAGAGAAAAACAGCGAGACAGGCGAAACGACGACUUGCGCAACUGUUCAAGUCGCAGAUGUUAAACUUGCUGGUUCAACAUCGAAGGACUCAAACUCGCUCGACUUUGCAGCUGGUGACGUGAAGACUGGAUUUAAGCGAGAGAAAAACAGCGAGACAGGCGAAACGGCGACUUCCGCAACUGUUCAAGUCGCAGAUGUUAAACUUGCUGGUUCAACAUCGAAGCAUUCAAACUCGCUCGACUUAGAAGCUGGUGACGUGAAGACUGGAUUUAAGCGAGAGAAAAACAGCGAGACAGGCGAAACGGCGACUUCCGCAACUGUUCAAAUCGCAGAUGUUAAACCCUCGGGUUCAACAUCGAAGCACUCCAACUCGCUCGACUUUGCAGCUGGUGACGUGAAGACUGGAUUUAAGCGAGAGAAAAACAGCGAGACAGGCGAAACGGCGACUUGCGCAACUGUUCAAGUCGCAGAUGUUAAACUUGCUGGUUCAACAUCGAAACAUUCAAACUCGCUCGACUUAGAAGCUGAUUACGUGAAGACUGGAUUUAAGCGAGAGAAAAACAGCGAGACAGGCGAAACGGCGACUUCCGCAACUGUUCAAAUCGCAGAUGUUAAACUUGCUGGUUCAACAUCGAAGCACUCAAACUCCCUCGACUUUGCAGCUGGUGACGUGAAGACUGGAUUUAAGCGAGAGAAAAACAGGGAGACAGGGGAAACGACGACUUCCGCAACUGUUCAAGUCGCAGAUGUUAAACUUGCUGGUUCAACAUCGAAGCAUUCAAAAUCGCUCGACUUUGCAGGUGGCUACGUGAAGACUGGAUUUAAGCGAGAGAAAAACAGCGAGACAGGCGAAACGACGACUUCUGCAACUGUUCAAGUCGCAGAUGUUAAACUUGCUGGUUCAACAUCGAAGCAUUCAAAAUCGCUCCACUUAGAAGCUGGUGACUUGAAGACUGGAUUUAAGCGAGAGAGAAACAGUGAGACAGGCGAAACGGCGACUUCCGCAACUAUUCAAGUCGCAGAUGUUAAACUUGCUGGUUCAACAUCGAAACAUUCAAAAUCGCUCGACUUAGAAGCUGGUGACGUGAAGACUGGAUUUAAGCGAGAGAAAAACAGCGAGACAGGCGAAACGGCGACUUCCGCAACUGUUCAAGUCGCAGAUGUUAAACUGGCUGGUUCAACAUCGAAGCAUUCAAACUCGCUCGACUUAGAAGCUGGUGACGUGAAGACUGGAUUUAAGCGAGAGAAAAACAGCGAGACAGGCGAAACGGUGACUUGCGCAACUGUUCAAGUCGCAGAUGUUAAACUUGCUGGUUCAACAUCGAAGCAUUCAAAAUCGCUCGACUUAGAAGCUGGUGACGUGAAGACUGGAUUUAAGCGAGAGAAAAACAGCGAGACAGGCGAAACGGCGACUUGCGCAACAGUUCAAGUCGCAGAUGUUAAACUUGCUGGUUCAACAUCGAAGCAUUCAAAAUCGCUCGACUUAGAAGCUGGUGAUGUGAAGACUGGAUUUAAGCGAGAGAAAAACAGCGAGACAGGCGAAACGGCGACUUUCGCAAGUAUUCAAGUCGCAGAUGUUAAACUUGCUGGUUCAACAUCGAAGGAUUCAAAAUCGCUCGACUUUGGAGGUGGUGGUGUGAAGACUGGAUUUCAGCAACAGAGAAAUGCCUUGACUGGAGAGACAGCGACAUCUGCCGGUUUUAAGGCGACUGAUUUCGAACUUGAUGGCUCUACCGCUGAGUAG